UGCGGUGCUCUAACCUCAGGGCCAAUCCAAAGGAGCCGCUGUCCUCUUUCACCCAUCUAGGUUGUCGCUGCCGCCUCCUCCAGAUUCCGGAGGCGAAGCACUGGAAAGAGAGGAACAUGGACGUGGCUCUCGCCCCGCUCCGUGCCUGGGACGAUUUCUUCCCGGGCUCUGAUCGCUUCGCCCGGCCGGACUUCAGGGACAUUUCCAAAUGGAACAACCGUGUAGUGAGCAAUCUGCUUUAUUACCAGACCAACUACCUGGUGGUGGCUGCCAUGAUGAUUUCGGUCGUGGGGUUUCUGAGCCCCUUCAACAUGAUCCUUGGAGGAAUCAUUGUGGUGCUGGUAUUCACAGGGUUCGUGUGGGCAGCACACAAUAAAGACAUCCUCCGCCGAAUGAAGAAGCAGUACCCCACAACCUUCGUGAUGGUGGUCAUGUUGGCCAGCUACUUCCUCAUAUCCAUGUUUGGUGGUGUCAUGGUCUUUGUGUUUGGCAUCACUUUUCCAUUGUUAUUGAUGUUCAUCCACGCAUCCCUGAGACUUCGAAACCUCAAGAACAAGCUGGAAAAUAAAAUGGAGGGAAUAGGUUUGAAAAAGACGCCAAUGGGCAUUAUCCUGGAUGCCUUGGAACAGCAGGAAGAGAGCAUCACCAAAUUCGCUGACUACAUCAGCAAAGCUCGGGAGUAAACCCUCCAGCCUGGUGACUGGGCCGGCAGCAGGAAUCCAGUUGCACUUUUCCCUUGCUCAGACCCAUUUUCUGUCUGUGGUUUUGAAACAGAAGGUGCACGUCUUACCAUCCAACUCUCCACGGCAUCAUGCAUGCACACGCCCACCUGUUAAGAUCUCCACUAUGACCCAAGGAAGGGCCUCGGAAACCACAAAAAUACAGACCCACUGUCCCGUUAUGUCUGAAGCUUCCAGUGUGUUUUUGAAAGAUAAUUGCAGGUUGGACAGCAAUGGUACUAUUCUAUUGUAGGGGAACAGCCAUUGUAGCAUCUGGAGACAAUACUGAAUAAGUGAAAAGUUAGUCACAGUAGAAGAUGCCGUGUGUCCGUCUGUUUCUCACCCUGUCUGACAUCCCCUCCAAAAUCCCCUACGGCUAUGAUGUGUUGGGUAUGUUAGAAUAGCCGUAUUAUCUUUCUUGUCUUAGAGGUGAUCUCUAUCCCUUUGGGGCCUGUUUGAUGUGCGGUGGAAACUGGAUCAGCCAGUUGUUUAUAUUUUGUUUAUGAAUAUGAAGUUAGCUGUUUAGGAUAAUGUUUUGUUAAAUUUUUGUAAACUUUUUAAAAGGGUAGCAAUACGCUUUCACCGGAAGGUAUUUCUUGCAAACUAAAUGUCAUCCUCUUGGGGUGGGGGUGGAAGGGUAGUUACAGCUCUGUGGCUUCCAUUAUUCUUGACUUGUUAAAAAAAUAAAUACGUAAAACCAAACUUGAGUUGUUUAUAUGACACGUUUGUUACUACAAUGAAUAAAAGGUGUUCAAGAUAAUAUUU